UGCACGCGGGCGCGGGAGCCGGGCGGCGGCCAUGGGCCUGGGCGUCAGCGCCGAGCGGCCGGCGGGCGGCACCGAGGGCUUCCACCUGCACGGGGUGCAGGAGAACUCCCCGGCGCAGCAGGCGGGCCUGGAGCCCUACUUUGACUUCAUCAUCACCAUCGGGCACUCGAGGCUGAACAAGGAGAAUGACACGCUGAAGGCGCUGUUGAAGGCUAACGUGGAGAAGCCCGUGAAGCUCGAGGUGUUCAGCAUGAAGACCAUGAAGGUGCGGGAGGUCGAGGUGGUGCCCAGCAACAUGUGGGGCGGCCAGGGCCUGCUGGGUGCCAGCGUGCGCUUCUGCAGCUUCCACAGGGCCAGCGAGCAGGUGUGGCAUGUGCUGGACGUGGAGCCGUCUUCACCUGCCGCCCUUGCUGGCCUGCGCCCCUACACGGACUACGUGGUUGGAUCCGACCAGAUCCUUCAGGAGUCAGAGGACUUCUUUACGCUGGUCGAGUCCCAUGAGGGGAAGCCCUUGAAGCUGAUGGUUUAUAACUCAGAGUUGGACUUCUGCCGGGAGGUGACUGUAACUCCCAACGCAGCCUGGGGUGGAGAGGGCAGCCUGGGGUGUGGGAUCGGCUACGGAUAUCUGCACCGGAUCCCAACCAAGUCCCCCAGCCACCACAGGAAGCCACCUGGUUCCCUGCCACCUAGACCCAUCCCCCAGGACCCUCCUGGCCCUCCUGGUCUGGAGAGGAACUCCAGCCGGAGUGACUACAUGGAGGCCCUGCUGCAGGCACCUGGUUCCUCCCUGGAGGCCCAGCUCCCCACACCUGUGAGUCCCCCCCAGGGUACUCCAGACCUCAAGGGACCUCUGCGUUCCAUGGAGACUCCGCUGCAGCCUCCCCCUCCGCUGCAGCGAGUCAUGGACCCAGGCUUCCUGGACGUGUCGGGCAUCUCCCUCUUGGAGAGCAGCAGUGCCAGCCUCUGGCCCAGCCGACCCUCCCCCACAGGGCUGACCUCCAUAGCUGCCUCAGCCUCGGGGCCCGAGGACAUCUGCUCCAGCAGUGGGUCUCAGGAGCGGGGCGGUGAGGCCACCUGGUCCGGGUCUGAGUUUGAGGACUCCUUCCUGGAUGGCCCAGGCGCCCAGACCCAGCUGGACCAUCUGCCUCAGCUGAGCCUUCCCGAUAGCCUCACCUCUGCAGCUUCACCAGAAGACGGAUUGUCUGCUGAACUGCUUGAAGCUCAGGCUGAGGAGGAGCCGGCAAGCAGUGACAAUCCCAAUUUCAGGAUGGAGACUGAGGGGGCAGCUGGCCAGGCCCAGAUCUCUGCCCCAGAAUAAGACCCUGAGCAGGAACAGGCCCCUGAUGGCAUCCCUGGAGCCCAGACAUGUGACAUGCAGGUUCCUGCUGCUGGGGGCGGGGGCUCGUGUCCACUCAGAACCUGCCCCUGAUCUCCACAUGACCCCCCGUGUUUGUUCUGUCUGGUGGUCCUGGCUUUGGGGACUCCGGCACUUGUUUGAAGGUGCCCAAACAAGUCCCCUGGUGUGGGAGAGGGCUGGGAGCAGCAUCCCAGAUGAAACACGUGCAGGAGUCAGCGUAGGAGAGGAAGAUCCUUUGCUGCUUGGGUGGGCACGGAGCCUGGGUGGGUUGAGACAGGCCGCCCUGGGGGAGGGCAUUCGGCUCCGGACCUCCAAGGCCACUGUGGCUGCCCAGGAGGUGGUGGGACAGGGGGUCUGUAUGGAGCGUUGUCCUGGCUGGUGGAAGGAACCCCCAGCCCCAGCCACUGACUGCACCAUGCACUUCCCCAUGUGUCCUCAGCCCGGCCACGCUGUCACCACCAGCUCAGGCUGGCCAGCGUGUGCCAGUCACAGGGGAGGACGUGUCCUGGGGGUGGGGUAGGGGUGCGGCUGGAAGUCCUGGCUCUUGAGCAGAGAGCCACCUGAGGUUCCUCUUCGCCAGGCCUGCCCACCACACAUCUGUGCCCUGCAUGGCGACUGUCAGCUCCCAGCCUCGGUCUCCUAAACCACCAAUCAGCCAGCCCCGCCCCAGAGACGGAUACAGCUGUGUUCUUCCCCUUCCACCUGCCUGGGUCUCCUCACCCUACAGGGCAUCUAGGGGCCUGGACAAGCACAGGAGUGGCUGUAGGCCUCCUGUUCUUUCCCAUCGUGUCGGGGAGGCCGCUUCCCCUGCCCUGUCCCCAGGUGCCUCUGUAGGCCUUGCAAGGCUAGGCUGGUUCUGUUCUGUCCCCCCCUGCAGGAGGAAGGGGGCUCUGCCCAGGGACGGCCCCUCACUGUCUGAGGUCCUCACCUCUCUGGCCAGGGCCCCCACCUUCCCACAUACACUGCUCAUUCUCAGUGGCCUUGCAUAGCCUCUACGCACUCACACCUGGAUGCGUAAUUGUCCAUACUUCCAGGAACCCAGAGCUCUGUCAGGUUCGCAGGAUGGGGACUGUCUGCUCUGCAAGGCACGCUGGUGAGCAGAGACUAGUAUCUGGAGGAAGGGCCCCAAAUUAGUGAACGCCUUGAGUUUUAAGCACCAUGUCAAGCCUACCAGAGCAGUUGAUAAGCCUGCAGAACCGUGAGACACUGUGUCCAAGGCCAGUGCUGGAGUCUGGGGGCUCAGGGUCUGUGCAGGAAUCCAGGAAGCAGAGCAGAACCACCACAGGACUGUCCUGGGCCAGAUUCCCUCCACUCUGUCGCCCGGUAGUCUCCCCAGUCACCGUCACCUAAGGGUGCUGCUGCUUCCCUCUUUCACUCCCCGACCCCAACACAAAGGAGGAGGUAAAGUGGGUAUCAGCACACAUUAUUUCCAGGGUGAAUGCAAAACGAGAGGGUUCCUUUGUAAUCUGCAGUGAAGGAAAAUGACAAGUGAAAAAAUAAAUAUGUACAAUGAAA